UCCAGCCGUUUCCGCCGCCGUUGUUCUUCCGCCGACUUUUCUCCGACCGUCUCUGUGUUUUCCGACAUAAAAAACCGCCCACGAUUUCAUCAUGAGCUCCCGCGACAGUUCCAGCGCCGGAGUCGUCACCGUCGAUGUCCUGACGGCCAAGAAACUGCUCGACUCCGGCUACGCUUUUCUCGACGUUAGGACCGUUGAGGAGUUCCAGGAAGGACACGUGGCAGCGGAGAAGAUCGUCAAUAUUCCUUACUUCUUCUCUUCUCCAAAUGGCAGGGUUAAGAACGACCGGUUUCUGGAGGAGGUGUCGGCGGUCUUUAAGAAAGACGACUACUUCAUCGUGGGCUGCGGUGGUGGUGGAAGAUCUCUGGUCGCCGCCGGAGAACUCGUGAAUAUCGGUUUCAAGAAUGUGAAAGAUAUGGGCGGAGGGUUUGAGGCUUGGGUGGCUAAUGGACUUCCUGUGUCUUACCCAAAAGCAUGAAGGACGACCGACCCAGAAACUAACGGACCCUAGCUCUAAUUUUACACCUUAUGUUGUAAACCCAUGUGAUAAUAAUAA